CCGAUGAGCAGCUGCUUGUGGGUAAGCACUGCAAACACCCGGAGAGAGCUCCGGGAUCGCUUGACGCGCCGGGACCAUACAGUGAAUCGUGUUCGUGUGCAGAUUAUUUGUGUCAUAAAAAAAUGUGUUGUCGACAGAUUUCAAUUAGUUUCUACUAAAUAAUUUGAUACCAGUGCGCAUAUAAAAAUACCGUUGCAUGAUUUUCACCAAAAGUCUAAAGUAGUGGCCGCCGUACGCGCGUACCAGUUAAACGCGAACAACCCCCACGGCGACAAGUGCAUGUUUCUGCCAAUGUUGCCGCAGCUGCAGGUGUCUCCGCAGCAGUUGCCCGUGUAACCGUAAGCAUGUACGACCACGACAACGCCACGCCCGAGCAGCCGCGAUGACCGGCCGUGCCGCACGCAGUGUAUCGGCAUGGCUUAUCGCCUGUGUCACCUUUCUAACGGUCGCGCAAGACGUGCACGCCGCUGCUCCAGGCAGCAGCAUGUUCGGUGACGUCAAUAUAUCUGCUAUACUAGAUUCGUUUAGCGCAAGUUAUGACAAACGUGUAAGACCAAAUUAUGGAGGUCCACCGGUCACAGUCGGUGUCACAAUGUACGUGUUAAGUAUCAGCUCAUUAUCCGAAGUCAAAAUGGAUUUCACGUUAGAUUUUUACUUCAGACAAUUUUGGACUGAUCCUCGACUGGGUUUUCAAAAACGACCAGGAGUGGAAACGCUUUCGGUAGGAUCAGAGUUCAUAAAAAACAUCUGGGUACCUGAUACAUUCUUUGUCAAUGAAAAACAGUCGUAUUUUCACAUAGCGACCACCAGCAACGAAUUUAUAAGAAUACACCAUUCGGGCAGUAUUACUCGAAGUAUUCGAUUAACCAUCACAGCAUCUUGUCCCAUGAAUCUUCAAUAUUUCCCUAUGGAUCGUCAACUUUGUCAUAUCGAAAUUGAAAGUUUCGGUUACACAAUGCGUGAUAUCCGGUACAAAUGGAAUGCCGGUGUUACAUCGGUUGGCAUUAGUGGAGAAGUGCAGUUACCACAGUUCCGAGUUCUCGGACACAGACAGAGGGCCACUGAAAUUAACCUAUCUACAGGUAACUAUUCAAGAUUGGCAUGCGAAAUCCAGUUUGUAAGAUCGAUGGGUUAUUACCUCAUUCAAAUAUACAUACCCAGUGGACUGAUCGUCAUCAUAUCUUGGGUGAGUUUCUGGUUGAACAGAAAUGCUACACCAGCUCGAGUCGCAUUGGGUGUAACUACCGUAUUGACCAUGACAACGCUUAUGUCUUCUACCAAUGCUGCGUUGCCCAAGAUCUCAUAUGUCAAAUCUAUAGACGUAUACUUAGGGACGUGUUUCGUUAUGGUCUUUGCAUCAUUACUUGAAUACGCUACUGUAGGCUACAUGGCUAAAAGGAUACAAAUGAGAAAAAAUCGUUUUCUAGCUAUACAGAAAAUAGCAGAAAAGAAAAGUGGUCACGAUCAUUCUCAUAGUCACUCUCAUCAUUCCCACCACCAUGGACAUGGAUCAAUAUCCGGCCAUGGUACUCUGUCCGGUCAUGGAACCUUGUCUGGUCAUGGUACAUUGUCUCAUAGUUUAGGAGGACAUGGUUUGUCUUCACAUGGUACAUUGUCCAGUCAUUAUGAUACUCACCGGCACAGUCAUGGUGGUCAUGGCAGUACAUUGCCAGGUUCUCUUCUCUCUGGUGACAUAGACCACGCUCAUAGACAAACCGAGGUACGGUUUAAAGCUCACGAUUCAAAAAAUUAUCUAAAAGGAGGUUCGUUAGAAAACACCUUAAAUGGUAGAGGAGACGAUGACAACAUAACUCCAAUGCCACCACCGCAACACGUGAUGCAUCCUAGUAAAGACAUCAAUAAGCUCUACGGGAUCACGCCAAGCGACAUCGACAAAUACUCCAGAAUUGUGUUUCCGGUGUGUUUUGUUUGCUUUAACUUAAUGUACUGGAUCAUUUACCUUCACAUUAGUGAUGUUGUGGCUGAUGAUUUGGUAUUAUUAGAAGCCGACUAGAAGAGGGGAUAGAUAACAUAAUUAAAUUUAUUAAACUGAUACACAUUUCAUUUUUACUUAGGUUUAGUAAGAGCUCAACGAAGAGAAUUAAGAAUACAUUCCCACUUAAAUAUAAUAGUAAAAUAAAUUAUGUAUACAUUUAUUCUUUUUAAAUUCAAUUUAUUUCACUUGCUAUAAUAAUCUAAACAGAAUUUUUAUAUCAGCAGGGUCUUUCACGAAACUACAUAUUCACUUUUUAGUAGAACUUGCUGCUAAUCUUACCAAUAGAUGAAACAUAAAUUUGAAAAACUCAAAUGUAAAAAAAUUAUUAAAAUUUUAAUAAAUUACUGGAUCAAUCUAAAAAUGUUAUUUAUAUAAACAUGUUAAGUAAAAAAAGACCUUCAACAAAAAAUGUUUAAAAAGUUAUUAUUCUAAAUUAAUUGAAGAGUUUAUCUUUUCAACUUCGUUAAAAUCUUAGACGGCCAUUGUAAUUUAAGACAAACACUAUUUCCAUAAAAUAACAAAGAAGUGUAUUAGAGUAUAUCUCUGAAAUUGGACUCCAACAAAUAUGAAAAAUGAAUUUUAACAUUCAAACUAAUAUUCCAUCUAAAAACAAAAACAUUUAAACUGUGAACAGUUUGAAUUCAUUCUGCGUGUUGUUUAUAUACAGUAACUAUUGUAAGUCCAAAUACUUGACGGAUAUUUUAAUUAAAACAAAUUAUGAGUAAGAAAAUUAUUUAAGUUAACUAUUUGUAGAGUUUUAUACUGAAAAAAAGAAUAAUUGUAAAAUAAUGUACUACCGCCGUGUAUAUAAUUUAAUAAGUACUUUAAACAUAUUCAAAUUAUUUAAUUAUUAUAUAAGAUGUUAUAGAGAUAAAAUAUGAACAUUUCAAGUAUACAAAGCUCAUAAAAAUGAGUUGGGAUAUAUUUAUAACAAAUUUUUAAAACCAUUACUCUAAUGAAGUAAACCGUUAAAUGAUAAAUGUUAAGUUCAUUUUUCAACAUGAAAUAGUUUCAAUUAAAGUUGAAUACAUUCAAAUAACUAUACUCUUUGUUGCUAUAUAUUAUGGACUUCAUAAUUCCGUGCAAAUAUAUUCAUGUAGAAAAUUUAUAUUAUUUUAUAAAAUAUAUAAUUCAAUAUAAAAAAACAUUACAAAUUUCAAGAGAAAAAAAUCGCCAAUUUGUACAAACUAUUUUAUACUUUUGUUUUGUAGUACUAUCUUAUUUUGACUAUUCAAAUAACCUUUCAAAAAAAUUAUUUUCCAUAAGGUACAAUUUAAAACAUACAAAAUCAAAAAAUUUAUCCUUGUAAAUUAAUAUCUAUAUAUUAUUUACAAUUAUAUUAUAACGGAGAUGGGUUAGGUUCUUCCCAAAACGUGAUAAUUUUUUAAUGCUAGCGAGUAAUUUGUGCCGAUACCUUAAUUCGUAGACAAACAGAUAAGAAUAAUUAUAACCUUUAAGUUUUAUUAAUUACAUUAAUUGAUAUGCCUAUAAUUAUGUUUAGAUUUAAUAAAAGAAAAUUUAACAGCACUUUCAAGUAAUUGUGAUUUGCACAUUUUAACAUUAAUAAUGAUUUUUUUAAAUAAAAUGAUGUAUUUUAAUGCUGAAUAUACAAAAUAGAUGCAAUAAGCAUGAACUCUAAUAGUUUAAGAAGUGUUUUUACGUAUAUUUAAACGUAAACAAAAUUGACUUCCUUAGAAUUAUUACUACGGUUAAUAUAUUGAUGAUAUUUAUAAUUAUUGUAAACAUUUAUAUUGAAAAAUAAUAAAUUAUUAUUAUAAAUGGUAGUUGUUUUAAGGUGUACAAAGAACUACCAUGGAAUAUUCUAAAUCUUGUUAGGACUUGAAAACCAUAAGGGAAAUAAAUUAUUAUUUGGAAUUAUCAAUGUGAAUUAUUGUUUUUAAAUUAUAGUUAUACAUCGUUUCCUAUUAACAGUUUAAUUAUAUUGACUAUUGUUAUUUGUUAAUCACCUUAAUUUAUUUAUAUAUAUUAUAAAUUUAUCUUUUUUUUUACAAAUUUAUUGUGUAGGAAAAAGAAAAUUAUUUUGUUUUUUAUAUUUGUUAUUUUUAAAUGCAACCACUUUAAUUUUAAUUUAACUUUUAUAUAGUUACAGCCCCGUGGAGAUAUUUACAUUUGUAUGUUUUUUUUCUAUAAAAUGUAUUUUUUUAUUAAAAUUUCUAUGUGAUUUAAUCUAUUUUUUUUCUUUGAGAUAAAACUAAAUUAUUGUUUGAAAUAUAAAUGUCUAAUAUUUAGUUAUUACGACUCCAAAUAAACCUACUGUUGCAUAAUUAAUAAAUUUAAGUAUAAUAGAUGGGAAAAAUGACCAAUUCAUUGAUACUUUACAUUAAAAAUAUAAAUAUAUAACUUAAAAAUUAGUCCAAGAGUAAAAAUAUAAUGUUUCAAAUUUACAAAAAAAAAAUUUCCUUUAAAAUUUCGUUAAUUUUAGUUAUAUAUGUUUUCUAACUAUAACACAUUUAUGGUAUUAUAAAACACGGAAUAUAAUUGGUUAUUAUUUUUAAAUCUUUAUUGUUGCCUUUUACGUGCCAUCGUUGUCAAUACUAUUUAAGUUAUAUUAUUAUUAUUAUUAUUAUAUGAUUAACUACUACUUAUAUUAUUAUUAUUAUUAUUAUUAUUAUUAAUUAUAUAUACUUGCAAUGUAUGAUAAAUUAUAGUUUACUGAAUCUCACUAAGCUCAAUAAAUAAGGUGAAGCAAACAAA